CCCCGCGCCCGCCGCCCGCCGUAUUAUGAUGAGCCCUGGGUGCGGGCUCCGGCGGGCUGCGAGUCGGCGCCGCGGCCGCAGUGGACGGUCGGUCGCCUCGGGCUGAGAUGUCCACGGCGACAGUGAAAAUGAAUUCCUUAUUUUCAUCAGAUUUUCUUGUAUGAGACUAUUCAUUUCAAGCAAUCUAGAUACUUUUUCUUCUGUGGGACCAGCAUGGCGGGAUUUAAGCGAGGAUAUGAUGGAAAGAUUGCUGGGUUAUAUGACCUGGAUAAGACCUUGGGACGAGGUCAUUUUGCAGUGGUCAAACUUGCUAGGCACGUCUUUACUGGUGAAAAAGUGGCAGUAAAAGUUAUUGACAAGACAAAAUUGGACACUCUAGCCACUGGUCAUCUUUUCCAAGAAGUAAGAUGCAUGAAACUAGUCCAGCAUCCCAACAUUGUACGCCUCUAUGAGGUUAUUGACACCCAGACCAAACUCUAUCUUAUUCUGGAACUUGGGGAUGGAGGAGAUAUGUUUGACUACAUAAUGAAGCAUGAAGAGGGGCUUAGUGAAGAGCUGGCCAAGAAGUACUUCGCCCAGAUCGUCCAUGCCAUAUCUUACUGCCAUAAGCUGCAUGUGGUACACAGAGAUUUGAAGCCAGAGAAUGUGGUCUUCUUUGAGAAACAAGGUCUUGUAAAAUUGACAGACUUUGGUUUCAGCAACAAAUUCCAGCCAGGGAAGAAGCUCACUACAAGCUGUGGAUCUCUUGCAUAUUCCGCUCCAGAAAUUCUGCUUGGUGAUGAGUACGAUGCCCCUGCAGUAGACAUCUGGAGUCUGGGAGUGAUCCUUUUUAUGCUGGUGUGUGGGCAGCCGCCCUUUCAAGAGGCCAAUGACAGCGAAACGUUGACAAUGAUCAUGGAUUGCAAAUAUACAGUGCCGUCCCGUGUAUCUAAGGAGUGUAAAGACCUAAUAACACGGAUGCUGCAGAGAGAUCCAAAGAGAAGGGCGUCUCUAGAAGAGAUUGAGAACCAUCCUUGGCUUCAAGGAGUGGACCCGUCACCAGCUACAAAGUGCAACAUCCCUCUAGUGUCGUACAAAAACCUGUCGGAAGAGGAGCAUAACAGCAUCAUACAGCGCAUGGUGCUGGGCGAUAUCGCGGACCGAGACGCCAUCGUUGAAGCCCUGGAGACCAACCGCUAUAACCACAUCACAGCCACUUACUUCCUACUUGCUGAGAGGAUCCUGAGGGAAAAGCAAGAGAAAGAAAUACAGACCCGGUCUGCAAGCCCCAGCAACAUCAAAGCCCAGUUUAGGCAGUCGUGGCCCACGAAGAUCGACGUCCCGCAGGACCUGGAGGACGACCUGACGGCCACCCCACUGUCCCACGGCCCAGCCCCCGCGGCCCCGGCCACCCGCGACGGCGCACUCAACGGCCACCGCGGCCGAGCCGAUCCCGCAAAAGACGAGGCGCCGGAGGCAGCGGGUUCGGGGCCCACGUGCUUGCCCCCCGGCCUGCCGGCGCCCCGCAAGUGCCUGUUCCGCGUGGAGGAAGAUGACGAGGAGGACGAGGACGAGCGCCGGCCCGCGCCGCCCGCGCAGGUGGUGCUGCGCCGCAAGCCAUCGGUCACCAACCGGCUGACCUCGCGCAAGAGCGCACCGGUGCUCAACCAGAUCUUCGAGGAGGGCGAGUCGGACGACGACCUGGACAUGGACGACGGCCUGCCGCCCAAGCUCAGCCGGCUGCGCGUGGACAUGGCGUCGCCGGGCCCGGUGCACAAGCGCUACCCGCGCCGCAAGAGCCAGGGCCGCGGCUCCAGCUGCAGCAGCUCCGAGACGAGUGAUGACGACUCGGAGAGCCGGCGACGGCUGGACCCGGACGGCGGCCUGACGCACCCGUGGCACCGACGGGACAGCAGCGAGGGACCCCCGGGCAGCGGCAGCGAGGGCGACGGCGGCGGCCAGGGCAAGCCCAGUGCGGGCGGGGGGCGGGAGCGGGACCGGGCCGGGCGCGGGGAAAGGGGCGCCGGCACUGGCGGGGGCGGCGCGGGGGGCGGUCCGGGGGGCGCAGGGGGCAGCUCGCGGCGCUGUGCCGGGCCCGGCCACUCGGGCAACUCAGUGCAGCUGGCGGCAGGGCCGAGCCACUCGGUGCAACUGGACGUGGGGCCUGGCAACACCAUGCAGCUGGACGCGGGGCCCGGAGACUCGGUGCAGCUGGACGUAGGGCCCAGGGACUCGGUGCAGCUGGAUGCGGGGCCCAGGGACUCGGUGCAGCUGGAUGCGGGGCCCAGGGACUCAGUGCAGCUGGAUGCGGGGCCCAGGGACUCGAUGCAGCUGGAUACAGGGCCCAGGGACUUGGUGCAGCUGGACGCAGGGCCCGGAGACUCCAUGCAGCAGGACGCAGAGCCCAGGGACUCGGAGCAGCUGGACGCGGGGCCCGGAGACUCGAUGCAGCUGGACGUAGGGCCCAGGGACUCGAUGCAGCUGGAUGCAGGGCCCAGGGACUCGGUGCAGCUGGACACAGGGCCCGGAGACUCCAUGCAGCAGGACGCAGAGCCCAGGGACUCGGAGCAGCUGGACGUGGGGCCCGGGAACUCAGUGCAGCUGGACGUGGGGCCCAGGGACUCAGUGCAGCUGGACGCGGGGCCCGGGGACUCGGUGCUGCUGGAUGCAGGGCCCAGGGACUUGGUACAGCUGGACGCAAGGUGCGCCAACCCCAGCAACUCCAUGCAGAUGAACUCGGGGCCCGGCAACUCAGUGCAGCUGGCCGCACGCGGUGCAGGGGAAUUGGUGCAGAGCCUCAAACUGGUGGGCCUCUGCCUGGGCUCCCAGCUGCAUGGCGGCGCCAGGUACCUGGUGGACCCGCGGCGCGGGGUGCCCUUCUCGGGGGUGAAGGUGAAGGUGCAGGAGAAGUCCCUGUGGAAGAUGUGCGUGGGCUCCGGAGUGGUGGGCCAGGCCCCCGCGGCCGGCCCCCUCCAGUUCUUCUCGGAGCGCGUGGCAGACAGCCGCGAGCUGGAACGGGUUGCGAGCAGGAACCUGAAGAACAGCGUGCUGCAGCUGCCUCUGUGCGAAAAGACCAUCUCUGUGAACAUCCAGCGCAACCCCAAGGAGGGGCUGCUCUGUGCCUCCAGCCAGGCCAGCUGCUGCCAUGUCAUCUGAGUGGCUGGCUCUGCUCAGAGCGCUGUCUGCGAGGCAGGAGUGAGGAGCGAGUAUUCACUCAUUCUGUUUGCUCCCCUGCCAACCUGACAGUGCAUGGUCUUUGUGCAUGCUGCUAGACCCACGUCUUCUUUCCAGCUGAGAAGUCUAGUGCUUCAUUUUCACGUUAUGAUUUCCAUGUGGAUGACCAGGAUUCAGUUAGAAUGUGUAUUUGGAACCCGACACAAACAGAGCACUUAGGAAUUUGAUGUUCUGCAUCUAACCUAGAGAAAGGCAAAAACAAACAAACAAAAAAACCCUGUCCCGACCUUGUGUGAUGUGGAAAUUCCUGCUCUCAGGCACACUCUGUGGCAUCUGAGACAGAACCAAAGCAAUAACGUUGAGCUGCCAACAGGCCUGGGCCCGGGAGCUGCUUUGCUGGACUCUCCCAGGCCUGUGAGAGCAGAGCACAGCCUCUGCACUGAGGACCUUAAACCACGAUUUCAACACGACCACACCUGUUUGUCUUAAGCUCUAGUGUGAAGAGAAAAGGGGAAAAAAAAGUUUGGGUUUUCAAAACUUAGCUGAGAAAGACUUUGUUUUUUAAAAGGUGAGAUUCAAGUACGCAGAUUGGUCAGGCAGCUUCCCCUGAAGCCCUAAGUUCCCAGCAGACAAUCUGUAACGUGAAGAAGUCGCUAGCGGUGUCUUGACUCUGCCGGUAGAGUGUGUCUGACAGCAGAGGGAUGGUGCUCAGUGUCACCCUCUUCCCGUAGUCCCCAAGGUCCUCGGGACGCACCAGAGCAGAGCACUGCAGGGCCUCCCGGAGGGCAGAGGCAUGGCACAGGUUGGCAGACUCAAAGCCCUGUAAGUUCUUGUGAAGAAAUGCGAUUUGACUUUUAGGAGUUUCUUUCGUCACUUGCAUUCUUUUACAUCCUCUAAUCCAGCUGGCUGUGAAAACUGACCACACAGUACACAAAAGGAAAAAAAUUCACACCAACAAAAACACAGUUUGACUUUUUAAAAUUUUCUUGCUGAAAGUAUUUUUCACUCUGCCUUCCUGCCAAAACAAUAAUCAAAGAACCCUUGCUUUGAGCAGUUCCUGCGCAAAGACUAUCCUUGGUGCAGAUAACCGUCUCCUCUGGCAUUUUAUCUGGUAGACAUAGUAUAUGGCAGGUCACUACUUCUGGGGGGCCCAGAGGCUCCUUUCCCCACAGUGCUCUAGGGGCCGUGAAGCUCACGCCUGGCGACACUGGCCGUAGGGUGUGGCUGGGCCUCCGGCCAUCUCACACUGACCGACCCCUCAUGUCUCUCACAGGACUGGCAGCCUGGCUGAGAGUGGGCAGGGCACCCAGGGGACAGCAUUCCACUGGCUUCAGUUUCUCCAGGUGGUACUGAACCUUAGUCCUCAGACCCUUUCCUCAGCACUCUGAAUUUCACAGUAUACUCACUAAACUAGUUGAAGCUGAUACUUCAAUCCUUUUUCCUUUCUAGACCGAGCCUAGAUGUGUCUGAGCUACAGCUCCCAUUGAUCGUGACGUUUCUGACUGAAAGCUAACAAGAAUAGACAUGUGGGUGAAGCCAUAGAACACAUUUGCUUGAAAUUCUUGAGCAGGGAUCUUAUAAAGGGCCAGAAAUAAGAUGUGUGGUUCACAGAGCUAGUGAGCGGAACAUCUGUAUUGAACGUAGGAGAGGAGUUUACACAGGGCCUUGGCAAUAACGUCUUUGUUGUAGCUGUUCUCCAAGUCAUGUAAAUAAACACUUUCCUGUGAGUAUGUACAGCCUCAGAAUGGCACCUUUUAACCAACCCCUCUGUGUUUGCUCUUUGAUUCCGACUGGGUUUUUUAUGCUCAGAUGUAUAUAUGGUGCUCACGUUAGGAUCAGCGGUGUUGACCAUUCAUGCUGCAUAGCUGUGUGAUCGCCUUGUUAGUCGUGUGUGGUUGGCUGGCCCUCUGGGUCCACAGGCAUCUGUCUGAGUGGCGUCUCACUCGUGUGCUCAUUAAGUGAAAGACUGUGCAUGUGUCGUCUGUCAGCAUAUGUUGUCACGUGAAAGGGAGGGAGCAGACAACCAUUACGUUACGGUAAUACUGGACCAAACUACUCACUCGCUCUAAACAAUCUCUUGUACCCCUUAACCUGUCCUCAGAAGUUGCAUAUAGUUACGGUAGUGUGUAAAUUCAAUAUUGUGGAAAAGCAAUUAGUCUUGUAUUUUUCUGUGUGUAUGUAUAUAUAUACAUAUAUGUGUGUGUAUAUAUAUAAAUAUAAAAUUAUGUACUUCUGGCAAUUCUCCCUGUAUUUAAAGAUGUGACAAUCUUGACACCAAUUUUGAAAAUAGCCGCUGGACUGAGUGAGAUCUCGAGCUGUUCCUACCAAGUAAGAAUUGGUCUGUGCUUAGAGGAUGCAGGAUUGUCAGCUGGCUUGGCCAGUCGCUUCCAUAGCUGGUUGAUUCUCCUCAUUGUGUGAACACGGACAGGUAUGCGGCACACAGGCAAAGAAGCCCAGAUAAUAAAGAACAGAUUGGUGUUCA